CCGUNUAUGCAGCUUCACCUCAGCUAACAUCGCCAUGAAAACUGCUCUGAUUGCCGUGUUGGCGGCCACCCUGGCGGUCGCCAGCUGGGCUGCUCCGGAGGCCAGCGGAGGCUAUGGCUCUGGUGGAGGUGGAGGAGGUCAUGGCAUCGGCGGGGGCGCAGGAGGCUCCUUCGGUGGGGGAGGAGGAGCAGGGGGAUAUGGCUCUGGAGGAAUAGGAGGAGGACUUGGCUCCGGAGGGGGAACUGCGACCAUCAACUUCAAUCUUGGAGCACCUAAAGGCUCGUCUGGCGGAGGCUUCGGAGGUGGACACGGAGGCGGUUCCAGCGGAGGAUUUGGCGGAGGCUUCGGAGGUGGAUCUGGAGGUGGAUACAGUGGCGGUUCCAGUGGAGGCUUCGGAGGUGGACACGGAGGCGGUUCCAGUGGAGGAUUUGGCGGAGGCUUCGGAGGUGGUUCCUCAGGCGGAUACAGCGGUGGUUCCAGUGGAGGCUUCGGAGGCGGUUCCAGCGGAGGCUUCGGAGGUGGACACGGAGGCGGUUCCAGUGGAGGAUUUGGCGGAGGCUUUGGAGGUGGUUCCUCAGGUGGAUACAGUGGAGGUUCCAGUGGAGGCUUCGGAGGCGGUUCCAGUGGAGGCUUCGGAGGUGGACACGGAGGCGGUUCAAGUGGAGGAUUUGGCGGAGGCUUCGGAGGUGGUUCCUCAGGUGGAUACAGUGGAGGUUCCAGUGGAAGCUUCGGAGGCGGUUCUAAUGGAGGCUUCGGAGGGGGUUCCUCUGGUCGAUACAGCGGUGGUUCCAGUGGAGGUUUCGGAGGCGGUUCCAGUGGAGGCUUCGGAGGUGGACACGGAGGCGGUUCCAGUGGAGGAUUUGGCGGAGGCUUCGGAGGUGGUUCCUCAGGAGGAUACAGUGGAGGUUCCAGUGGAGGCUUCGGAGGCGGUUCCAGUGGAGGAUUUGGCGGAGGCUUCGGAGGUGGUUCCUCAGGUGGAUACAGUGGUGGUUCCAGUGGAGGCUUCGGAGGGGGACACGGAGGUGGUUCCAGUGGAGGAUUUGGCGGAGGCUUCGGAGGUGGAUCUGGAGGUGGAUACAGUGGCGGUUCCAGUGGAGGCUUCGGAGGGGGACACGGAGGCGGUUCCAGUGGAGGCUUCGGAGGUGGACACGGAGGCGGUUCCAGUGGAGGAUUUGGCGGAGGCUUCGGAGGUGGUUCCUCAGGCGGAUACAGUGGUGGUUCCAGUGGAGGCUUCGGAGGUGGACACGGAGGCGGUUCCAGUGGAGGCUUCGGAGGUGGUUCCUCAGGUGGAUACAGUGGAGGCUUUGGAGGUGGUUCCAGUGGAGGCUUCGGAGGGGGACACGGAGGCGGUUCCAGUGGAGGAUUUGGCGGAGGCUUCGGAGGUGGUUCCUCAGGCGGAUACAGUGGUGGUUCCAGUGGAGGCUUCGGAGGUGGACACGGAGGCGGUUCCAGUGGAGGCUUCGGAGGUGGUUCCUCAGGUGGAUACAGUGGAGGUUCCAGUGGAGGCUUCGGAGGCGGUUCCAGUGGAGGCUUCGGAGGGGGACACGGAGGCGGUUCCAGUGGAGGAUUUGGCGGAGGCUUCGGCGGUAGCUCAGUGGGAGGAGGAUACGGCAAAUGAAGAAGGCUUCCCUUUCCAGGCGAAAGCGUGUCUCAACUGUCAACAUUUAUAAAUUAAACAAUACAAUAAAC